AUGCUACUUAACGAAACUACUGGUUCUGUAUCGCAGGAUAGUCCUACAAUUGCCAAUUCUCAUUCCGGCAAUGAUAUUCAAGCAUCAACAAGAAAAACCCUGUGCACAGCGAUCUCGCCAGAACGUUCGUUGGACGUCACAGGGGUUGUCAACUGGGAAAUUGACAACAACCAAGCUUUCAUUCAUAGCGUUACUAGCUCUAUCCGACAUGCGCCAAUUGAAAAUCAAUUUUCGGCCUAUAGCUUUCUGGGAACGUUGCUCGAAGAGAAAGAAGGCUCGGAGACUGUUUCAGGACUACGUAACAGGUUGAUGGGUACCAAGAUUUUACUACUUGUUGGCAAUCAAGACGGCAUUUUGCCCAAACAUCAGCUUUGCAGAAAUGCGCAAAAUACCUUGGGCUCACAGAACCUGGUGAUUGUGGGAUUUGAUGGUGGACAUAGUCUCUCAAUUACACAAGGAGUAGAAGUUGCGGAGGUCAUAUCUGAUUUCUGGGAGUUAUGA